UCUGCAGGAACACUUGUUAUGCAAAUUGAAGCUACGGAUAAUGAUCAGCCAGGAACAGAAAAUUCAAACAUCUCCUACAGUAUUGUCAGUCAAAAUCCACCUGGUGACGGUCAUAUGUUCGCUAUAGAGAGAUACACCGGAAAAGUGUUUGUUAAAGAGAACAAAUUGGACAGAGAGACUCAAGCCAACUACACACUUAUUGUUAAAGGGCGUGAUUUGGCAGGUAAACCAGGUGGGAGAACAGGGACAGGAACUGUGAGCAUCCAGGUCCUGGAUAUCAAUGACAACCAGCCUACUCUAGAAAAAUCUGAGUACUCCGGCUCAGUGGAUGAAAAUGUUUGUGAUGUAGAAGUGAUGAGAAUCAAAGCUUUGGACAAAGAUGAAGAAAAGUCAGACAACUGGCUGACUGUGUUUGAAAUAGUCCAAGGAAAUGAAGACAACCUGUUUUCCAUUAGGACUGACAACGACACCAACGAGGGCAUCCUGACGCUCAUCAAGCCAGUGGAUUUUGAAACCGUCCAGAACCUUGAGCUUGGCAUUGCUCUUAAAAAUGUAGCUCCUUUCAUAGACGGUGGUUCUGUAAAGGCAGAAGUGGAUGUCAAAGUUGGAGAGGGUGCUCCUCUGGCUGCGGGAGCUGGAGCUGGAGCCGGGGCUGGAGCCGGGGCUGGAGCAGGAGCUGGAGCUGGGGCUGGAGCCGGGGCUGGAGCCGGGGCUGGAGCCGAGGCUGGAGCCGAGGCUGGAGUAGAUUUGGAUGUGGAUGCUGAAGGUGGUGUAGGCCUCAAACCGAAUGUAGGAGCUGGUACAGGAGCUGGACUUAAACCUGGUCCUGGACCAGUGGGUGGGGGACCUGGUGGGAAGCCAGGACCAGGAACCAAACCCAAGAAACCAGGAAAAAGCUACCCUAUAAAAAUAGCUGUAAAAAAUGUUCCAGAGGGUGCUGCAUUUAUACCAGACACCAAGGAAGUCCCUGUAUCUGAGGAUCCAAAUGAGAUUCCAGUGGAUGGUGUGAUCACUGCAUUCCCGGCUUCUGAUCCGGAUACAGGAAAACCAGCGGAAAAUGUCAGCUAUGCCAAAGCUUAUGAUCCAGACAACUGGUUUAGUGUUGAUGAAGAGACAGCUGAGAUCAAACUCCUCAAAGUUCCGGACAGGGAGUCACCCUACUUAGUGAAUGGUACCUAUAUUGCCAAGAUUUUGGCAAUAUCAAAAGACAUGCCAGCAAAGACAGCCACAGGAACAAUAGCCAUUAAAGUCACCGACUCCAACGAUCACUGCCCCACUUUGGCAACCGCCUACGGCAGUCUGUGCUCUGAUAAAAAGACGGUCUAUGUGACCGGCUUAGAUGAAGAUGUCCAUCCAAAUGCUGCUCCAUUCACUUUCAGAAUCAUACCAGAAGGCACCCGAGGCCAAUGGGAUGUGGAAAGCAUCAAUGAGACAACAGCAGCUCUUCACUCUCAGGAUACACUGUGGCCUGGCAUAUAUCAGCUGCAAGUAGAGGUGAAGGACGCUCAGGGUCUGUCCUGUCCGGAGGAUGAGGUGUUUACUUUGGAGGUCUGCACCUGUGAGGGCAAAGAAUCCUGCGGACCGAGGACAGCAAAAGAUAAAAGCUCCUCCUCUGAAUUCUCAACACACGCCAUCGGCCCCCUCAUCACAGCCAUGUGCCUGUUGCUGUUGGUUCCUGUGCUGCUGCUGUUCUGUCAGUGCGGAGGAGCAAACACCAUCUUCUCAGACCAAUUUACUGAUCUGCCGUUUGACACAAAGGAGCAUCUGAUCAAGUACCACACUGAAUGUAUAGGAGAGGAUAAGGAUAUUCCCACUCAUUUCAUGCCUGUGAAAAUGGGGACUCUGCAAAAUACUGAGGCAGUACCAGGAGCAACUAUGAUCACAGUGUCAUCAGCCUUCACAGAAACCAAGAACCAAAGAUAUAACCGAUCAGGACAAACGUACAAGCAGACCUCUCCAGUCAUGGAAACUGACAACACUUACAGGCUUUCAAGGGAUCCUUAUAAUCGGAGCAAUGAAAUGAACACUUUUACAAGCAUUCAACAAACAACAAGACAUCUUUUGGAUGAAAUUGCCCUCCCUGAUGUUUUCCUCCAUGAUCACUUCUCAAAGAAAUCAAACGUCCCAGUGCCUGUGGAAGAUGGUCUGCUGGAAUAUGACUUUGAGGGGAAUGGCUCUGCUGCCGGUUCAUUAGAGAGCUGCAGCAUCUUGGAGUCUGACAAUGACCUGGACUUUCUGGUUGACCUGGGAAUGAAUUUCCGGAUCCUUGCUGACAUCUGUUCCCCGCCGACAUUCAAUUCAGAAACCUUGGUGACAAGAAAGGCAUCAGAAACUGUCAAAGCUAUCAACAAGCCACCUGAACCUGUUGUUAAGUCUAAAGUUGAUCAUGAAAUCCAGACAAAGCAUGUUAGUGUAGAAAACAACAAAGUACUACCACCGGCAAAGGUCAGUGGUUUCUCUGUCAGUACGGUAACCAAAGAGUCAGCAACCAUGUCCCUCUCUCGUCACGCUACCGCUAACAUCAAACAUUCUGCUAACAUAUCCUAUCCAGCUCAGACAGUUGUCCUACAGCAGUCACCAGUUUACUACACCACUAGCCCUGUGCUACAACCAAUGCAUUAUAUUGUACAACCAAGUGUUCAGAACACGUUUGUGAUGGAGGAUGGAGCCCAUGGAAACAAUUUUCCAGGCCUCUAUGUGAUCAACGACCAACAGAGUCAGGGAUUUGUUGUUGGAAGGACCCAAAACUCCCUUUCAAGGCUAGUUAUCCAGGAUGCUGAGGGCCCAAAAAGUCCUAAAAGUCCUCUUAGCCGUACAGGUUCACUCAGAGCCACUGUGUUGCUUCCUAGUCCGACCAUGUCACAGGCCUCUCUGGAAGCCUCUACACUAUGGGGGCAAAAUCUUGGUGGCAAUUAUGUGUUAGUCAAGGAUGAGGUACAGGAGUUAGACCCAGGUUCACCUCAAGGCAUUUUGCCUAGAGAUGCUAUCCUGGUAAAAAAGGCUGCUCCCCCUCAGGGGGUUUUAGGCAUGGCAGCCCGGGAGUAUAGAAGUAAGUGUUUGUUUGGUAUUUCAGUUAGAAAGGAUCACGGUGACGGUGUUCUGCUAAAAUUUUAUUUUGAACCAAUUAGUUGUGGACACAAACAGGAAAUAAGCCUUCGUUCUUUGAUUUGCUCAACAUUUCUAACUAAACAGUUAGGAAUAGGAAUGGGCUCUCUGCAUGCAGAGACCACAACAGACAGACAAACUAGAUUUUUAUUAUGUGUUAAAAGAGUCUAUCAACUCAUUAUUAAUAUUUUCCAAAGAAGCUGUCAGCCAAAGCAGGCUUAUAUUCUAUCCUAUCAGCAAGAGGUGUCAACAGAAGUCCAAAGCAAAACCCUUUUUCUUCGUAGAAACAGCUAUCCUAAUAAGAGGAAGUCAUUUAACUCUGCUAAAGAGUUUUCUACAAAAACAUUGCCAGAAAAUACCGACCUUCAGGAAGCAGUGAGAGCUAAAAUUACUGUUAACACCUGGGCCAAAAUAUCUGAACGUCAAACUGUAGAAAAUUCUUUGUUGGAAUUGCGCUGUAGAACUAUCCGUUUAGAACUUGCGUUUGUCUUAUUUUCCUCCGUUUCGAGGUUUGAUUUGAACAUUUAUGCUUUCAGAUUAUAUUUGAAUUUUUCACUUAGAAUGGUGGUGGUGGUCAUUUACAGCUGUAGUGAUGUCAUUUGGCUGGUAAUAGAAAUGUUUGUUUUUUUCAAAUUAAUUUGUUGUUAAGGAAAUGCAUAAGAUGUAGGACUGUGAAUACAGAAAGCUGUAGAUGGGAAAUUAUGUAAAUGAGGUAUUUCAUCUCCGGGGUAAAUGCUGAAUGUUUGUUAAUGCUCAUUUCUGUGAAUGCUAACUGCUGACAUGUGCUCUCUGUCCUGUGCAGCCUGGGCUUCGUAAUCAUUGCUAUCUGUUCAUUUCAAUUUGACAUGGCAUAGAAUGGUCUGUGUAAAAGUUUAACAAAGCAACAUUCCCUUUCAAUAAAAAAUUAUUUUAUUUUCUGCUUAUUUUUAUAC